AUGGCGGCCAUCAUUACCGGCACGCCGGUGAAUUGGUCCCGGGUGCUGUUCGACACCUUAGUUUGGAUGAUUAACAUCCAGUCAGUCGGUCUUAUUCCCCAAAUAAGCACCCUUAUGGUGGAACUCGGUGUUCCAACCUGUCCUGGCGAAGGCUUGAACCAAGCCCAGGUGUUAACCAGAGAGAUGACCGAUUCUUUCUAUAGUCGGUUUGAAAGAGAAUGGAGGAGGAGAAACUUCAACCCUCCUCGUGAGCAAGCGGAAGAUGAGGAGUGGGCCCUAGAGGAAACCGACACGGAGUGGACCGAAGAUAGAACGGUCCAUGAAGACGAUAAUUCGGCUCGAAGUCCGAACGAUGCCGAACAAAACGCCAAUCCUGAGACAACCGAGGGUGAAGAAGGGGUUGAUACUGGAGCUGAUGAAGGCUACAACCAGGAAGAGGCCGAUGAGGCCGAGGCCGAAAGAUUAGCCCAGAAUAUCUUUCGGGGCAUUAACAAGCGAGACGAGGACGUUAUAGACUUGCGCAUCCGGAAAAUUACGGAGGAAUAUACCGAAGGGGGGUCGGUAUCUACCGUAGCGCCGCGAGUAUUAGCAAAGCUCGAAAAAGGCAAACUGGAAAUACGUCAAGAGAUAGAGCGGCUAGAAGCAAUAUGCAAUCAAAAACAAGUUCCGGUAUAUACCGCUCCGGUCAUCGAAGAAUUUCCAAUUGACUGGACAACACCUUCAAGAGAGGAAGCUGAGACACCAAGGGAUAUUGAGGCACCGGUGCAAGAAGAUGUUGAGGUACCGACUUCAAAAAUUGUUGAGGUACAAAUGUUAGAAGAUGUCGAAGUACCGAUCCUGGAAAAUGCGGUACCGAACUUGGAGGAGGCGGUCACAUUAGAACCUCCUAAUGAGAAUGCUGCACUGAUAGACUCCGGUGAGAGAGGCGAUCAAGAUCCCACCGAGCAGUCAACUCCUACUCCACCACCGGAAGUCACCGUUUCAGUUCCCCCUAAGGAAUGGAUUGAUAACCGGCUCCAAGAAUUUGAAGCAUCUGUUUCGGGGCGGAUUGAUGACCAACUUAAGAAGUUUGAAAUGUCCAUAUCAGGGCAGCUUGAAGACCGGCUUCAAAAGUUUAAAGCAUCAAUAUCGGAGCAGAUUGAUGACCGUGAAAACGCGGAUGCCGCGGCUCUAGAGGCGGAUGCCCAAAUAGCUAAAAGGGUCCAGGAUGAGCUAAACGCCGAAGCCAGCAAGGAUAAAGAGGCGCCGCGAUCGUCUCAGCUGACCGAAGCCGAAUUGGAGGCCGAAAGAAUAAGAAGGGCCGAGAUCCUAUAUCCAGGGUAUGCUGCGAAAGUGGCCAGUCAGGCUGCGGAGGAUGCCGCACGACUGGAAAGGGAAGCACAAAGGCUGGACGGAUUUGCAAAGGAACACGAGAAGAAAAAGAAAGUGGCCGCUUCCGCUUCAACACCAGACGCCUCAGCUUCAGCACCGAAGAAGAGAAAGAGGCCGGCUCCUAAGAAAGUUCAGAUUGUAGAGAUGCUCAAUAAAAUCUCUGAACCGGCCACUACGGGUACUUCGCAGCAAGCCGACCUAGUCGAGGACGAAGUCGAAGAGCAGCUGCGGUCCCGGCAUAAAAGACAACGUCCCUCCCAACAGACCAGGCAACCGCAACCGCCACCGCAACUGAAGAAAAAGAAGAGCGCCUAUGAAUUCACAGACUCUGAAUAG